UGACUGCGCGGCCGGGAGGAGCCGAGCCGAGCCGAGCCGAGCCGGGGCGGCGGGAGGCUGAGCGCGCGCGCGGGGGGCUCCCGCGUCCCUGCCGAGCUCGGCCGGCGGCGGCGGCGGCGGCAGCGGCGGCGGCGGCGGCGAGCGCCCACCCCACCGUGGCUCCCCGGAGCGCGGGGCGGCGCCACCCUCCGGCCGCAGCGCGGCACUGCACGGCCGCCUGCGACUUUCGAUGUUCCAUACUCCCGGGCCGGAGCCUCGGCGGCGGCUUUUUUUUUUUUUUUCCCGCCCCCCCCUCCCUCGGUCCUUUACCCCCCCCACCCCCACCACCAGCUGCCUCCAUUUCCUCAAGGAAGGCUCCUCGGCGGCGCUCUCCCUCCCCCAACAGCGUAGCGGCGCACGAGCGGGCCGGGCGGGCGGCCGAGAAGUUUUCCCAGAGAUAACUUCACCAAGAUGUCCAGUGAUAGGCAAAGGUCGGAUGAUGAGAGCCCCAGUACCAGCAGUGGCAGUUCAGAUGCGGACCAGCGAGAUCCUGCAGCUCCAGAGCCUGAGGAACAGGAAGAAAGAAAACCUUCUGCCACCCAGCAGAAGAAAAACACCAAACUUUCUAGCAAAACGACUGCUAAGCUAUCCACGAGUGCUAAAAGAAUUCAGAAGGAACUAGCUGAAAUCACCCUUGAUCCUCCUCCCAACUGCAGUGCUGGGCCUAAAGGAGAUAACAUUUAUGAAUGGAGGUCAACUAUACUUGGUCCACCAGGUUCUGUAUAUGAAGGUGGUGUUUUUUUUCUGGAUAUCACAUUUUCUUCAGAUUAUCCAUUUAAGCCACCAAAGGUUACCUUCCGCACCAGAAUCUAUCACUGCAACAUCAACAGUCAGGGAGUCAUCUGCCUGGAUAUUCUAAAAGACAACUGGAGUCCUGCUUUGACUAUUUCAAAAGUUUUGCUCUCUAUUUGUUCCCUUUUGACAGACUGCAACCCUGCGGAUCCUCUGGUUGGAAGCAUAGCCACUCAGUAUUUGACCAACAGAGCAGAACAUGACAGGAUAGCCAGACAGUGGACCAAGAGAUACGCAACAUAAUUCUCAUAAUUUGUAUGCAGUGUGAAGGAGCAGAAGGCCUCUUCCCACUGUGCUGCGGAUCUUUAUAGCCUUUACAAUACGGACUUCUGUGUAUAUGUUAUACUGAUUCUACUCUCUGCCUUUAUCCUUUGGAGACUGGGAGACUCCCCCAAAAGGUAAAUGCUAUAAAGAGUAGAACUUCGUAGCUGUAGAUUAGUUACGUUUAAAAUGCCUACUUGCAAGUCUUGCUUCUUUGGGAUAUCAAAAUGUAUUUUGUGAUGUACUAAGGAUACUGGUCCUGAAGUCUACCAAAUAUUAUAGUGCAUUUUAGCCUAAUUCAUUAUCUGUAUGAAGUUAUAAAAGUAGCCGUAGAUGACUAGGAAUUAUGUCAUUUGUAUUAAGCCCAGAUCUACUUCUGAGUAUGUGGUUCAUGCUGUUGUGAAAAUGUUUUACCUUUUACCUUUGUCAGUUUGUAAUGAGAGGAUUUCCUUUUACCCUUUGUAGCUCAGAGAGCACUGAUGUAUCAUCUCAAACACAAUAAACAUGCUCCUGAAGGCAUAGUUUCUUGUCGUAAUGUUGAAAGUCUUGUCAGAAGGUGUGUCUGAGAUGAUUGUUGAUGAAAUAAAGAUGUGGAUAUGAAGAUGGAUUAUUAAGGACUAGUACAAAUGAAUGAAUUAUUAAAUUGAAAACAUUUAAAAAUCUAA